AUGUCGCCCCAUCUGAAUGACGACUUCGGCGCCGUGGACUUGUCCACCAAUGGCCACCACAUCACCAACGGCGUCGAGGAGACCAACGGCACCAACGGAACCCACAUCGUGAACGGCACCAACGGCCUCAACGGAAAUAGCACAAAUGGCCACCUCAAUGGGCAUGCCAAUGGCUCCGAGGUCGCCCAAGAGCCCCUCGCCGUCCAGCCCCCGCCCGCCCUUCAGCAAGUUGUCUCCGAACAGACCACUGCAGUCCAGUCGCCUGUAGACCAGCCCGCAUUCGACAUCCCCGCCACCCGCACCAUCCCCAAGUCUCAGUUCCUCCUCCCCACAGACUCUGCCGAGGUGCAUGACCUCCUUUGCGUUGGCUUCGGCCCCGCCAGCGUAUCCAUUGCAAUUGCGAUGCACGACAAGCUGGCUGCCGGCGGCCAGGUUGGCCCCGAGUCCCGGCUACCGCGCGUGCUGUUCUUGGAAAAGCAGGCUCGCUUCGCGUGGCAUGCCGGCAUGCUGCUCCCUGGCGCCAAGAUGCAAAUCUCUUUCCUCAAGGAUCUCGCCUCUCUGAGGGAUCCCAAGUCCCGUUUCACCUUCCUCAACUAUCUUCAUGAGAAUGGCCGAUUGAUUGACUUUAUCAAUCUCAGCACCUUCUUGCCUGCUCGCGUUGAGUUUGAGGACUACCUCCGAUGGUGCGCUUCUCACUUCGAUGACGUUGUUCAAUACAAUCACGAGGUUAUCUCCGUCUCCCCGGAGCCCGUUUCCGAAUCGGGCGUCAAGGUUUUCACCGUCAGCUGCCGCAAUGUCAGCACCGGCACCAUCUCUACCUACCGCGCAAAGAAUGUUGUCCUUGCUCUUGGCGGCCAGGCCAAGGUCCCCAAGGUCCUCUCCAUCAACCACCCCAGGAUCAUCCACUCCUCCCAAUACGCUCAAGCUACCCCUAAGCUCCUCACAGACUCCCGCAAGCCUUAUAAUGUUGCCGUCGUUGGCGCGGGCCAGAGCGCCGCGGAAAUUUUCACCAAUGUUCAAGCCCUCUACCCCAAUUCACGCACCCAUCUGAUCAUGCGUUCCGAGUACUUGCGGCCAAGUGAUGAUUCCCCUUGUAACAUCAACGGUAUCUUCAAUCCCGAAUUCAUCAACGUCAUGCACGGCAAGUCGUCCCAGUGGCGACAGAACUUCUUGGUCGAUGCCAAAGCCACCAACUACAGCGUCGUCCGUCUAGAGCUUAUCGAGUCCAUUUACGAGCACAUGUACGAUCAGAAGCGCGAUAUCGGUCCUGACGAGACCCGCUGGCCCCACCGCAUCCGGGGCGGCUACGUGGUCAACUCCGUUGAACCCAAGAGCUCCAACGCUGAGGACGGUCUCCGCCUUCGCAUCGCCCCAGUCACUGGGGAUGAUGAGCUUGCUGGGCCCGAGGAGACCCUCGACGUCGACCUCAUCAUCUCUGCCACUGGCUACCAACGCACGGCGCAUCUGGAUAUCCUCAAGGAGACCUUCCCGCUGCUCCCUACCGCCUCUGGAAAGGGCCUUCCUGUCCCGAUUGAUGAGAAUGGCAAGAACAUCAACGGUUGGCAGCUCCCAUCCGUUGGCGGCGACGGCGUCUCCCAGCCCCGCAAGCUCGAGGUCAACCGUGACUACAGUGUCAGGUUUGAGAGUGGCGCCGUACAGCCCGGGUCUGGGUUGUGGCUCCAGGGCUGCUGCGAGACUACGCAUGGUCUGAGUGAUACCCUGCUCUCCGUUCUCGCAACCAGGUCCGGCGAGAUGGUCAAGGCCAUCUUCAACGCAUAA